UAGGGACGCGUGGAGCAGGAAAUGUGAAAACCAGCCUCUUGAUAUGUGUUCCGGCCUCAUAACAAGCGCCGACAGAAUAAGCGUCGCAUUCCUGAAUUACCUUCUACCAGAACAUGCCCCGCACUAGCCUGCCGCGCGACACCUCCGAGCCUCUCCACAUCUUUCCGACUCAGCGUUAGCAAGUUCCGGUAGAAUAUAUAUCCAGCAUAACUCACGUCUUGAUCCUACAAAUACGUAUUGGAUCCUGCUCGAAGCAUCCCCAGGAUUCCUGUCAUCUUUUCACAUAUAUCGCAACAAUGGCACCAAACUGGGACAGACUUAUUCGCUUCAUUGCGACAGAUGGCCGUGAGCUGCGGGGUCAGCCAAUCCUCCCUUCGGCAGACUUUGACGUUGGUACUACAACAGAAGAGACGGGACUGAAGGCCAAAGUGAUCGAUGUAAAAAACAACGACAUCUUCGACUCAGCCACCAAGGUCACAGACGAAGAAGUAACAGUCAAGAAACUGCUCGGCCCAGUAACAGUGGAUGAAGUGCCUAUCAUCCGCUGCAUAGGUCUAAACUUUAUCAAGCACAUCCAGGAAGGUGGCCGCACCCUUCCCCCAUACCCAUCCACCUUCAUAAAAGCAAACACAUGCUUAAACGACCAUGGUGCACCCAUUGUCAUCCCAAAAAUCGCACAAGACAACCAAGCCGACUACGAGGGCGAACUCUGCUUCAUCAUCUCCAAGGACGCCAAAGACGUAUCCGAAGCUGAAGCUUUCGACUACAUCGGCGGCUACACAUCCGGCAAUGACGUCUCAUCGCGUAAACUUCAACGAGACCCUCUCCUAGCAGGAACAGUGCCACAAUGGAAUUUCUCAAAAGGCUUCGAUACCUACGCGCCUCUGGGCCCCCAACUCGUUUCCACCAAAGUUAUCCCUGACCCGUCCAAACUGCAUCUCAAGACCAUCGUUAAUGGCGAUUUGAGACAAAACUCAGGCAUUGACGACCUGUGUUUCAAGAUCCCAACCUUGGUGAGCUAUUGCAGUCAGGGCACUACGCUAAAGAAGGGGACUGUGUUCAUGACGGGUACGUGUGCGGGUGUUGGUUAUGCGAUGAAGGAGCCGCAGUUCUUGAAGCCGGGCGAUGUGGUUGAGGUAAACCUGAGUCCAGAGAUUGGCACGCUGAAGAAUACGGUCGAGUAUGCUUGAACGAACGGAUAAAUCCCGGAAUUGAUUCAAGAAAUACGUCACUACUUUUUCGU